AUGAGAACUCACUUCGGCCACAAGGCGGCUUUGCUGCUUGGCGCCUUGUGCACCCAGUGCGCUGCUCAGACAUUCCAGAGACUCGGUGCCUGUCCUAGCUUAGGAUGCAUUCUUCCCCCAGACCAAGUUGACUUUCUUCCUGGGCAAUACUUCGAUAUCCGUGUCGAGGUCCAUGCCCCCAUCAAUGGCAGUGAGGUUGUCCCAGGUUACACCACUCCCGACACCAACUUCACCUUGACUGUGGCAAAGGAUGGGGCCAAACCGGAGCCGGCAGCCACCUUCUUCAACGUGGAUGAGCCCAAGCUCGAAACCUGGAACUUUACCUGGUACGAGGAUCUCUUCGCUAAGGCCGCGCACACUCCUUCUCUUGUCAAGGUCGCGGCCAAGGCAUACAGGCGGGUGGCCUUGUAUGAACCGGGCAACUACAUCGCUACUCUCAAUUACCGCAAUGGGUCACAGACCUAUGCCAACUGGACGGUCCGAGAUAUCGCGCCCCAAAGGAAGGCCAAGAAUAUUGUCAUGUUUAUUGGUGAUGGUAUGACAACCAACAUGAUCACAGCUGCUCGAUUGAUUGCUCAUCAGCAGAUCAAUGGCAAGUAUCAGACCAAGAUGGCCAUGGACUCGUUUCCAGUUUUGGGUCACCAGAUGACACACUCACUGGACUCAUAUAUCACUGAUAGUGCCAACUCCGCGACAGCCCUCUACACCGGCCAUAAGUCGACCGUUAAUGCCCUGGGCGUCUAUGUGGACAGCUCCAAGACUCCUUUUGAUGAUCCCAAGGUCGAGACCAUUGCCGAGCUAUUCCACCGACUCUGGAAGGGCGGCGUUGGAAUUGUCUCGACGGCCUUUAUUGCUGAUGCCACUCCGGCCGCGCUAACCGCCCACACACGUGACCGUGGCCAGUAUGGCGCCGUGGUUGAUUCUUUCCUCAAUGGAAUCACCAACUAUACUUGGACAAAUUGGACCGGCCCCGAUGUGCUUUUUGGAGGUGGUGCCGAACAGUUCUACCCCGGAAAGGGCUCGUUCCAGGGCAAAGACUACUAUGCCGAGUUUGCAAAGAAGAACUACUCAGUUGUCCUGAACAACACCGCCUUGCAGGCGACCUCAAACUCCUCCAAGACCUUGGGCAUCUUCUCGGUCAGCAACAUGGCCAAGUGGCUCGACCGCAAUGUCUACCCAGAGAACGUUGACAAGCCCAAAACCGCACCAGACGGGUCCAACUCUUCUGCCACUGAUCAGCCGGGCCUGAAGGAAAUGACCCUUAAGGCCCUCGAGAUUCUACACACUCGUCAUCCAGAUGAUGGCUUCUUCUUGAUGUCGGAAGCGGCAAGUAUUGACAAGCAAAUGCAUACACUAGAUUACGAUCGUGCUCUUGGUGAACUUCUUGAACUUGAUGAUACCAUCAAAGCCACAUUCGCCUACCUCGAGUCCAUUGGCGAGCUGAAUGACACUCUUGUCCUCGUCACUGCCGAUCACGGCCACGGUUUCGAUGUCAUGGGCAGUGUCGACACCAAGUUUUUAAACGCUCAAGACAAUGACCGUGACAAGCGAGGCGCCGUCGGUACCUACCAAAAUUCUGGUCUGUCCCAAUAUCUAGUGGCAAACCACUCUGCGCCUAUCGGUAGCGACCAAAAUCUCGUCUAUAGCCCUGGUGUCAACUUCCCCGCCAAUUGGGAUCCCAGGUACACCUUGUUUUCCGGGGUUGCCGCCUUCCCUGACCACAGGGAGAACUACCAGGUCCACAAGAAGGGACCUCGCAUUCCCGCGCUAAAUAUCACCGGCUUCGAUAACGAAGACUUCUUCGUCAACUAUGUUGACGCUGUUACUGGUUUCAUUGUCAACGGAACCCUUCCUGUUUCAGCCGAUCAAGGCGUGCACUCCCUUACCGACGUUCCCGUGUUUAGCCGUGGACCGUGCCAGGAAAGUUUUGGCGGCGUGUUUGGCAACAUCGAUAUCUUUUUCGGCAUGGCCGCAUGCCUUGGCUUGAGCCGUACCAGUCCUUCGCCCUAG